GUUAUUUACUCGAAUGGGGGAGCUGUGACUUCUACAGGUGAAGCUAGCGCUUGGCGACGAUUGCAUAAGCGAUUGAGCUUGGUUCCAGGGUGUUAAUGUGAUCUCAGCAAACUGUGUAGUCAAGGGCUGUUCAUUCAUAGUUCUUUCCCGCAUUCCCCUCCUUUCCAUUGAGGCCUGAAAAAUUACCAUUCUCUUCCCACUCUCUGUAUCUCCACACCUCACUGAGCUCUUGUGGACUUCCCCCAUUGAGGCUUCUGCACCCCUGGACCUGUGAAGCCGUGUAUCCUUUCGCGGUAAUACUAGUCAUUUACUACUUCUCACUGCAAGGAUCACGUCAGAGAUCUUGGGAGAAUCUCUCACUUUCCCAGCUCAGGUUGAAGGUGGAUCUUCACGAUUCGACCUUGACUUGUCCCUUGCGAAAAAUCAUCUCGAGGGACUGGGAGAAGCCAUGACUGAGGACCAGCUGUCCAACCCUGUUCCCAUCUGUGUGGCCUCAACGGGAAGUGACCAUACAGGACGAAGGGAGAGCAAGGAGUUUCGGUCACCCAGUCAAGGCCCACAGGAGCUACCAAAGCCCGUGGGCAAGGUGAAUGAAAGUCAACCUGCCCUAAACUACGUCAAGGACGUGUCGUGGUCUCCAGAUGGCACAUGCCUGUUGACGGACUCUGCAGACCAUCAUAUCAGGACAUACAUACUACCCCCAGAUCUCUUGGAGAAUAGAUCAUCGCCUCAUGAGCUGUCUCCGUACUCAGUGGUUCCCUCAGCGGAGCCAACCUAUGCCACGGCGAUGUAUCCUUAUUUCUCCCUCCAGGAGCCGUCCACGACAUUGUUUCUCUCGUCGGUGCGGGAUCACCCUAUCCGUCUCACGUCGGCCCUAGUGCCAACGACAGUGGCUUCGUAUUCCUUGGUCAACCCGACCACGGAGGCUUUCAUCACUCCCCACUCUAUUGAGUAUCCGUCGACGCUGAGCGGGACGCAGUUCAUCACCGGGUCCGACAGUCUGAUCUGUCUGUUUGAUGUGUCUCGUCCUGGCAACGAUGGGCCGAUUUCCUGGAUGCCGACUAUCCCCAGUAAGCGGAAGAAAGCUGUUGGGGGAGGUGUUGGAAUGAAAGGAAUCGUGUCCGCUCUGGCGGUCAACCCAACCGGAGGUGGUGUCCUCGCCGCGGGCACCUUCUCCCGGCACAUUGGGCUCUAUGAUUCGAACGGGUCGGGUCAGUCCCUGGGCACUUUUAGCAUUGCAAAGACCGAGGCCGAUUCCCACAUCGGCGGCCGCGGAGUCACGCAGUUGCUGUGGAGUCCUUGUGGUCGGUAUCUGUAUAUUGCCGAGCGGAAGAGCGACGGGGUCUUGAUAUACGACAUCCGAGUCACAGGGCAGAUGCUAGGAUGGCUGGAAGGCCGUCGGACCCUUACGAACCAACGCAUGAAGAUGGACAUCGUGUCCACUCACCAGGGAGAGUCGCAUGAAGUCUGGGCCGGAGGGACGGACGGAUAUAUGAGAGUGUGGCGGGAUCCCACCCGUACCGCUGGCGCUCAGAAGCCUCAAUGGGCGUGGCAGGUUCACGACGACGCCGUCAGUAGCACCGUUUUGCAUCCGAUGGGGACGGUUGCCGCUACGGGAUCGGGGCAACGGCACACUGAUUUUGAUGACGACAAGCCAAUGGGAAAUGAUAAUACCGUCAAGGUGUGGUCUACGCCAUUCCUUGAUGGCGGUGUUAAUCAUGAUUGAGGUAUCAUAUACUCCAUGCAUCUAUCCCAGUUGCCACAUGCCCGAUCUGCACGGCCCGUCCCGUUAUCUCCGAGCCCCAAUCGGGAGUAUGAGUUUACAAGGUUUCUUUCCACCAAAAGCCCAAUCCAAGGACUCCGAAUCACUGAGCAUUCUGUUCAGGUUGGCUUACGCAAGAUGGGAACUCUGACGACAUUCCCCCCAGCCGCCCCCUCCAUGCAGGCCGACCUGGUGGCCGGGCAUCUCAAUUGUCCACGCGUCGACCGCUAUUGAUUGGCCAAACAACAAUAUAGUGUGGUGAUUGCCAUUUGGACUGUACUACUCUGGGCUGUCACCAUGAUACUCUCUGUCAUGGGAGACCUGGGCCUGCCGAUAUCUUUAUCGGGAUACCGAUGACCGGUCCAAUUGCCUGAUUGGGGAACUCUGUGAUUGGCACAGGGGCCAGUGAAUGCAAGUUGGCUCGGGCCGGGGCCUUGAUUUGGGGCUCUUCUGCCCCGGGGGCCUAUUGGAACCAUGGAACCAUUGAAGCAAACAAUGUGAAUCGAACUAUGACUUUCCUAUUUAGGCGACACCCAACUUUGCGGCAGUUUUGU